UGGGAUCCCCACGAGGGGGUGGAAAGGUGCUUGCUUGCAUUCGGGCUGUGGCAUUUGCUUGACCUAAGCUCUUCUGCAGAUGGUGUACUAAUUGCCUACCCCCCUCAAGUGUUGAAUUAAUAGCCCCCCCACGGCAAUCCUCCCGGGUGGCCAUAUCAUAAACGCAUCCCUUCCCUCGUCCUCCAUUACGGUCUCGGACACCGGUCCGACAUCCUCUAACUCCCACCACUCGGACACUAGACUGCCUUUACCCGUUCUCAGAAUGGCUGCUUGCAAUGGCACGGAGUCGUGGGUUCGAGGCGGGGAGGAGUUCAGAGGGCAGCGCCUGCUGCCCGACAUCGUCGACUACUUCGCCCAUGAGGAGCCUGAUCGCGUAUUUGCCGCCAUUCCCAAGUCAAGGAAUGUUGCAGAUGGCUUCCGCGAUAUCAACAUGAGAAUGUUGGCGACGGCGGUGAAUCAUAUGGCUGGGUGGGUUGACCGCGCCUUUGACGGAGUCUCCAAAAAGACAACCCUGGCUUAUAUCGGCCCUCCUGACCUCCGCUACCCAAUCCUGCUGCUAGCGCUCAUGAAAUGCGGAUGGACAGCGAUGUUCGUCUCUGUCCAAAACACUGCGAUUCAGAAUCUAGGCCUGUUGCAGGAGGCAGAUGUCCAUGGGCUUCUCUACGCGGAUUCCGAGUGCCCAGUCGCAGAGAGUCUGCAACAAUUCGACCCAUUUAUGCCAGUCUUACAGCUACCGGCAUUGGCCGAGCUCUUAAAGUCUCGGGCCCCUCCAUUUCACUGGGCGGGCUCGUUUUCCGACCUCCAGGACAAACGUUGCCUGAUUCUGCACACCUCCGGCACGACAGGUCAGCCAAAGCUGGUGAAUUACACCCACGGUACUCUAUCCUGCGCCGACAGGGACACAUUUCUGCCUGUCCCAGAGGGGCGGCGUGCGCAGAAUGCGGACCAGUUCAACUUCUCCCCACCCGGACGUUUCUACUCGCCCUUUCCCCCUCACCACCUAGCCGGGCUCCAUGCCUACACUCUUAUGCCCCUCUUUUCACAUACGGCCGCUUUUGUCAUGGGACCUCUUUCUGUCCCACCGAGCGGGUCCCUGCUGAGCGCGAUUUUGCAACAACAGCCGCAGAUCCGAGCUAUCUACGCUCCCCCAUUCAUGAUAGAGCAGUGGGUGCUCGAGCCGGGAGCCUAUGACCAGGCACGACGUCUUGAUUUCAUCCUUUUCGGUGGAGGGGCACUGGCCCCUAGGGUUGGGCAUAAGCUGAGCCGAGUCACUGACGUGCGCCAAAUGUAUGGGUCUAUGGAGACUUGUCAUAUCCAGGUGCUCAUUCCUCAGCCCGGGGAAUGGGAAUACCUUGAGUUCAACAAAUGUGAGGAAUACGAGAUGCAGGCUGUAGGUGAUGGUGUGUAUGAGCUGGUGCUGCACCCAAACGAAAAGUCUCGCUCGCAUCUGUCGUUUGCUCAUAAUUAUCCCAAUGUGCGCACGUGGCGCACGAAAGAUCUAUUCAUGCCUCAUCCCACAAAACCCGGGCUGUGGCGCUUCCACUCCCGUACCGAGGAUAUCAUUAUGCUGGAAAACAAACUCAAGGUGUGGCCGAUUCCCAUGGAGACCAUCCUACGAGGGAAUCCUCAUGUGGUCGGGGCUUUGAUCGUGGGGAAUGGUCGCCCAGAGCCAAUCCUCCUCGUUGAGCCCCGGCAAAGCUCUUACACGGAGAUGGGCAAAGAAGACCUGCUGGAUGCUAUCUGGCCGUCUGUCGUCGAAGCCAAUUCGGUUGCCUCAGACUAUGCGCAAAUCCGCCGGUCGCGGAUCAUCCUAUGCCCACCCCAACUCGGCUUUUUCCGGACCCCUAAGGGGACAGUCAUGAGAAAGCCGACCGAGUCCUUGUAUAUUGAUCUCAUUUCUGCAAUCUUCAAGGAAGAGGAUGAAGAAUCCAGCGGCGAUGAACAGGAAUACUCCGGUGACCGAACGGAGGUGGGAAUGCGCGAAGAUCAACUUCUGGCUGCGACCUAGAUGUCCCAUACUACGAAAAGCUUUUUGCAGGUUGAACGAGAGACGAAUUAUUACUGUUAUGAACGCUUCGGAUUGAGACU